AGAGCGGUCGGCCGUGUAGUCUUGCUAUACUGCAGAACCCGAACCCGAGCAAAGCCAUGGCGGCGGGUCGUUCAGGGCUUCCCCGGUUGAAGCAAUGCCUGAUCAGGAGGAAAGGCCAACAGGAACAGCACGGGGUGGCCGCCUCCACCCUCCAGGAGCUGCAGACUAAAGCCUGCAAUCUGCUAGCGAUUGACUCGGCCUCACGGCCUGUAACUUUGGUACUGGCUGGAGACGGCACCAUAGUAAAUGACGACGAUUAUUUUUUGUGCCUGCCCCCAAACACCAAAUUUGUGGUGAUGGCUAAGGAUGAGAAGUGGACCAGCAGCAGCACAGGUGGGGGCACAGCCUGGCUAGAGGAAGAGAUCGCUAACACAGAUGAAAUGGACAGCGUUGGAGAAAAAUGGAAGCUCUUGGCCAGGCAGCUCAAGAACGACCUUUCUGCCAUCGUGCUGAUGUCUGAAGAAGACCUCCAGGCGCUCAUUGACGUACCGUGCUUAGAUCUGGCUCGAGAACUUUCAGAGAAUCAAGCCCAAACCCAAAGGUUACAGGAUACCCUUCAGGAGACGCUGGACAGGCGGGAAGAGGAGCGUCAAUCCCGUCAGCUUCUGGAACUCUACCUGCGGGCAAUAAAAAAAGAGCAUCAAGUUGUAUCCACGACAGAAGAAGCAGAGGAAAAAUCCACGGAAGGAGCCGACACUGUGGACAUUGGGAGCAGCGGACCAUGUUCAGCAGAAAGCACUCUGCUCAGUACCCAUGUUUUGACUGUGCUGAAAGAAAAGUCUGCUCCAGAACUCAGCCUGGCCAGUCAAGAUUUAGAGCUGGUUUGCAAAGAAGACUCUGAAGCCCUUUCUCGGGCGCUAAGCUGGGAUAAAUGCAAGACUGAAGCCUUAAAGGAGGCGUGUGGGCAGGAGCUUUCAAGACGGCUGCAACAAUUUCACGCUCUAAAUUCAUUGAGGAGCAUCUCCAAAGGCAAGAAAAAGCUGCCAGGGGUUGGGGAACGGACGAGUUCUAAACGCAGGAAGUAAGAGCCCUGGAAGUGGACGUUUUGAGGCAGUUAAUCACCCUCUGGGUUUCCUGAAUGGUAAUGCCGUGUUCUUUCAAACCAGCCAAGCACAUUUGGACAAAAUAUAAAAGCAAAAGGCAUUGGGCAACUCUGCCGUAUCUCACCUCACCAAACUGUUUAUUUAUACAUAGUGCUGGUCCAAGAAAAGAAAUAUUUUCCUUUUUAACCCCUGAAGAUUAUGGUGUGUGUUGAAAUACAAAGACAGCAAUGCUCUUUUGAAUAAGGCCCUUUCUUUGAUACUCAGAGGUGGAACUACGAAGCUGCCAAGAUGCAGAAUUUUACCUAUCCAGCAAAGGGCCUCUCCUGCUUUUAAAUGAUUAACUUUACAGGGAUUAUUAAAAAAAAAAAUGUCUGGAACAUGUGGAUUUUGAAUAUGUGCAGCUGAUAAUGGAUGCAGCACCAUGGGAUAAUCUCCAAUCUUAGCAGAAAAUGUUAAUGAUUGUAUUUUUUAAAAAUUAGUUAUAUUUUAGUAUUAAAGGCUUUGUAUGAUUGGC